AUGCCUUGCGGCGAUUCUCCUGAAAUAACACCAGAAGAUGUGUUAGCUCAGAUGAAAGAAAUGCAACUGGCUUUUGAACGACAAUAUACAGUAAUGGCAACCGAAAUUGUAUCUCUCCGAGAGCAAGUCGUUAACCACAAACCUUCAGGGUUACGUGCCGACAUUCAACGUGAGCUUGCAAUUUUGCAACGUCACUCCAUUACUCAAGCAAUUGGGUUGGCGAAGUUGGUUAAGGCAAAAAUUCUAGAUUCUAAACCUUCUUAUGCAAGACCGCCACUAAGUGCCAGCUCUCCCUCGUUGCUUGGUCCUGCAGGAAACCCUCUGCCGUCUUCUAUACCUAUUUUCCGGUUAUCCCCUACUGAAAUGCAAGAGCGACGUAGCAGAUGGAUUUGUUUUAAUUGCGAUGACAAGUUCAGCCCUGGUCACCGUUGUCAGAAAAAGCAAUUUCUUCUGCUUUUGGCGGAGGAGGAGUCGCCUCCAGAGCCAUCAACUCUGCUUCAGUUAGACUCUGCGUUGCUCGAUCAACAGGUUGAACCUGUUGCUAUACCGGUGGUGGAGGAACUGAAUCAGAGUGCUGAACACUUUCAGCUUUCCCGGGCAGCGCUAUUAGGUCCACCCUCUCCAAAAACUCUGUGUGUGAAUGGUAACAUUAAGGAUUAG